CACAAGAUGAAGAAGCAGUUCAACCGGAUGAGACAGCUCGCCAACCAAACAGUGGGCAGGCGGUGUCCCUCCUGUGAGCAGAGGGCAUGUGGAAGAGAAAGCUGCGGAUCAGCAGGACUAGAUCCUUACCCAGGACCAGCACGGCUCUGGCUGAAAAAACAGAAGUAUUAAGUGAAGACCUACUACAGGUGGAGAAGCGUCUGGAGCUGGUCAAGCAGGUUUCCCACAGCACACACAAGAAGUUGACCGCCUGUCUGCAGGGCCAGCAGGGCGUGGACGUGGACAAGAAGUCUGUCAGGUCGCCCUCGAAGAAGCUUCCUCUAACAACACUAGCACAAUGUAUGGUGGAGGGGGCGGCUGUGCUCGGAGACGAGUCUCUAUUAGGGAAGAUGCUGAAGCUCUGCGGCGAGACGCAGGACAAACUCGCUCACGAGCUCAUCUUGUUCGAGCUCACCAUCGAGAGAGACGUCGUCGAGCCUCUGUACGACCUCGCUGAGGUGGAAAUCCCAAAUAUCCAGAAACAAAGGAAACAUUUAGCGAAGCUGGUCCUGGACAUGGACUCGGCGCGCACACGGUAUUAUCAGUCCACCAAGUCUUCAGGACUUUCCAGUAACCUGCAGCCAACAGGAGCCAAGGCCGACCACCUCAGGGAAGAGAUGGAGGAGGCAGCCAACCGCAUGGAGAUCUGUCGAGAUCAGUUAUCAGCAGACAUGUACAGUUUUGUGGCCAAAGAAAUCGACUAUGCAAGCUACUUCCAGACACUGAUAGAAGUCCAGGCGGAGUACCACAGGAAGUCAUUAGAGCUGCUUCAGAGUGUGCUGCCUCAGAUCAAAGCUCAUCAGGAGACCUGGGUGGAGAAGCCGUGCUACGGGAAACCAUUAGAGGAGCACUUAGCGCUCAGCGGGAGAGAUAUUGCUUUUCCCAUCGAGGCCUGUGUCACCAUGCUGCUGGAGUGUGGCAUGCAGGAGGAGGGUUUGUUCAGAGUCGCUCCGUCCGCCUCCAAACUGAAGAAGCUGAAGGCGUCUUUGGACUGCGGCGUGUUGGAUGUUCAGGAGUACUCUGCAGACCCUCACGCCAUCGCAGGUGCUUUGAAGUCGUACCUGCGGGAGCUCCCUGAGCCGCUGAUGACAUACGAGCUGUACAACGACUGGAUCCAGGCCUCCAACAUUCAAGAUCAAGACAAGAGACUGCAGGCUCUCCUCAACGCCUGUGAAAAACUCCCUCCAGCCAACAACAACAACUUUAAGUAUUUGAUCAAAUUCCUCUCCAAACUGACUGAAUACCAGGACGUGAACAAGAUGACGCCCGGAAACAUCGCUAUCGUCCUCGGGCCGAACCUGCUGUGGAUGCACAACGAAGGGAACAUCACAGAGAUGAUGACCACAGUUUCCCUGCAGAUCGUCGGCAUCAUCGAGCCCAUCAUCCAGCACGCCGACUGGUUCUUCCCUGGAGAAAUCGAGUUCAAUGUCACGGGGAACUAUGGCAGCCCGGUCCACACCAACCACAACGCCAACUACAGCUCCAUGCCGUCACCGGACAUGGAUCAGAUGGACCGGAAGCAGAAUGACCAGAGUCGACGGCCGCUCAGCGUCGCCACAGACAACAUGAUGCUGGAGUUCUACAAGAAGGAUGGCAUUAGGAAGAUACAAAGCAUGGGUGUCAGGGUGAUGGACACUACUUGGGUGUCGCGCAGGGGCUCGUCUUCUUCUCGUAAAUCGUCUUCCACGCCACCGAACGUGCAUCCCCCUGUCCCGCCCACUGACGCUCUCGUCCCCGAGCAGCCUGGGGAUUUCUCUGCCUCCCCCUCCCCCACCCCUCCUCCCACUAACAGCGACCGAGCCAGCUCGGAUGAUGCAUCCUCCAAUUGGUCGGACUCCUGUUACGCCUACCCCUCCCCUGAGGAGGAGAGGCCGCCUCCCCCUUACCCCUCUUCCUCAUCUUCCUCCUCCUCCUCCUCUUGCUCUUCCUUCUCGCUCCCCCACCAUCAUUUCUACACCCGAGCACCUCCGAGUAUGCGUCCCGUCGCUCCCACUCCCGAGUCCGUGCCCCCCGGUCCGUCCCCUCCCUCCCGCCGCUGUGGCUACAGCCCCCCCCCGCUCCCCCACUCCCUCUGCCCGUCCCCACAGCAGCUCGACGUCAACUCCAACCCCAAACCCAACUCCCUGCACCUGCCCAAACAGGCCUCCCUGGCCGACGCUUCGCAUGCGGCCUCUUCUGAAACAAAUGGCUCCACCCUUUACAUCAAACCCCCGCUCGUUCUUACUCGCCACGACCUCCUCCUGGGCUCCCCCAAACCCCCCAACACCCCCCUAUCUGCUCCCCCUCCAUGGGCAGCCUGUGCCUGUAGCCGCGAGAGAGGAGCCAAGCUGACUAGCACUCUGAAGAACAAGGAGCUGUCUCCAGUGAUCGGACAGAAGGGACUCCAGGGAGCGAUGACCUCUAGUGGACAGUGUGACCACAGCCCACACACCCUGAGGAGAGCAAAGAAGCUGGCACCAAUCCCCCCCAAAGUCCCGUACUGCCAGUCAGGAGCCAUGUCUGACCAGUCGACAGGUCAGCCGUCUCCGGUCAGCCUGUCGCCCACUCCUCCCAGCACCCCCUCCCCGUACAGCUUCAGCUACCCACAGGGUUACGCCACCAUUGGCUCCCCGGGACAGGUCCAGAUGGCCACCACCCCGUCUCUCUCCUCUCCGCCCUCGCUGGCCGGGACUCUCACCAAGGCCAGGCCGACUCCAAAGCCGCCGCGGCAGAGACCCAGCUUACCUCCUCCUCAGCCCCCCAGCACGCCCGGCACCAGUCCCCAGCCUCUGGAGCACUCGACGGGCCUCCUGGAUGGUUUGUCUCCUGGGGAGAGCAUGUCCACAGAUUCUCUCUGCAACCUGGACAUCCCCAUCAUUAACGUGGACCUGGACGGUAUUUUUGACUUGCCCCACAUCGCCCCCUUCAGGAACUCAGUGGCACUGUUUGAAUUGACCACCAACAGAGGGGAGUCGGAGGAAGAGACUGAGAGCACAGUGCUAUGACGCCACUGAGUCGCCCCCUCCCCCCCCCCAUCUGUCGGCUGAUUAAACAAAACACGCUACUGCUUCAUCAUCUCGCUCAAACACCCCCCCACACACACACACACUCAUUCAUUGACCUUUCACCUCUGCAGCUGGAUCACUUCAGCCUCACUCUGGAGCCCAUCGUCACACCUGUACUCCAUCCAGAGGAGGUAAAACAGAAAAUACACACCUAAGAGAAAUCACAGGAGGUGUUAGCGGCGAUGUCGUCAGGGGACUUUUGAUCAGAAACAAUUUGACAUUUUAUCUCCGCUGUUUUCUUUUUAGUUUCAUGUUUUAUGUUUCUUUUGCCUUAUUUGAUUCACUUGCAAUAUUGCCUUUAACUUCACACACGAGACUGGACACAGGCUGCAGGGAGGAACGAGUGCUCGUCGCUGCUGCUGCUGCUGCUUCUCAUGAGUGAAUUUUAAGAGGGAAGAACACAGUACUGUACAUCUGUCCUGCCGACACCUUCUUCUUCUUCUGUUUAUCUCCCGUCUCAAGUCCCUCCUCCAUUCCUCAGGGGUAUCAGUUGAAAUGCCUCGCUCUGGCAUGUGGUGGCAACAACCCCCGAAUUUCUGUCCCACCUGAGCGUUCACUGUGAGUGUGCCAGUAUGUUGUUUUGGAAAAGUGUGUGUGUGUGUGUGUGUGUGUGUUUCUAUGUGUUUGGUAAUUGUACUAUAUGAUGUUGCACUGUUGGUGUCGUGGAGCGUGAACAGGAAUGCAUGUUUUAGAGAUUUAGUAAAACAAGGACGAGGUUGCAAAGAGGUUAAACACCCAAUCACACUUUUCUCUGUAGUGACAUCAAUCACUGAAUAUUUAUUGUUUAUAUUGUACAUUUGCAGAAUCUAUGACACAAUUAACGUUAUAAAUCAGAUGAGAUCAUAUUUUGUAUCUACAGGAGAGACACAGAGAGAAUAUAGUAGAUACUGUCAGGGAGCUAUUCAACAUAUGAGACACGUAGUUUAUGACAGGUACGAAACAGACGAGCUGGGAUGGUUUUACAGAUGCAGAAGAUCUUGUAAACUGGAAAAUGAAAAACUCAAUGUGGUUAUUUUGGCAACAAGCAGCUGUUGUUUUUCAUUUUCCAUGUUGGGUUAUAUCAGUUUGAAGAACACGACUCCACAGAGAGACAAAGAAGCCUGGAGUGUGCCACCACAACAUUUGCUCCACUUAGUAAAUAUCAAUGACUGGCCAGCUGUUUCAUAUUGGCAGGACUGUGGCCAAUCAGAGCUGUCGCUGCUGCCCUGUGGGUUUCUUUAAAGGUGCCCUGUUGUGUUUACGCUCAGUAUUUCUCACCAGACACAAACGUCUUAAAUGCAUUUCCCUCAUAAAAUAUUAGCAAGGCCCAUUUAUUGUUUCCUUCUCUGCUCAUUGGUGCGUUUCCUUGAACGUUACCGUCCAGAGAAAUUCUAUAUACAACUAGUUUUGCCAGAUUUAUGUCAGAAUUAUCAUCUGGUUACACACUGCGUCUUCUCUAACCAGUGUCCGUGGGGGAGGGGGAUUCAGUUUUCCCAAACCAAUCACUAGAGACCAAAAUAUCUGUUUGACUCUAACGUCAUUUCAGGUUCACACUGAUGCCGAGUCAUGCUAACGAACUUGAGAAGACAUGCUGAUUGAGAACAGCCUUGACAGCAGAGUCUGUCUCGUCGACAGUGCCCAUUGUUGCUGUCACUCAUCGGACUGACGCACUGCGUAACAGUAGCUUUAGGGCCGUUUCAUAGUCAAAGCAAAGGCACGCAGACGCGAACGCACUGGGACACAUCGAGAUGCAUUGGCCGCCACGAUGCGUGCUAGCGUCUCAAAAUGUUUUGUACAUUUUUUUGAUACCCGACACAGCGACGCGUGUAAUACUACGCAUUGCCAGCGGCGGUGAUAAUGCAAGUGACGUAUUUGAAAUUAACCACUUUUUGUUACUCACAGAAGAAGCAGGUAUGAAAUAUGGCAGGCGAGGAGGAAAACCUUUGCGAACUCGUACGGGCAAACUCUGUUUAUAUGACCGUUCUAGUGCCCUGCACUCUAAUAUAAUAGCAGUGCUAGCUAGCCGGAAUGUACCGGUGACUCUGCUACCCCCUAUUGCGCGAGUGAUGUAUUGCAUUUCAAGUGUCGCCCGCGUCGCUUCCGU